AUGAGUAAUACCUCCAAUACAAAGGGACCAUUUUAUAUUGGUGUAGAUGUGGGUACAGGUUCAGUAAGAGCAUGUCUCAUUAACAAUACUGGUAAAAUCUUAAGUCUUUGUGAAGAUGGUAUUGAGAAACAAGAAUUGAUACAGGAACAUAUCACUCAAUCUUCUACAGAAAUUUGGAACAAAAUAUGUUUUUGCGUUAGAGAUAUCCUCAAACAAUCAUUAGUGGAUAUUUCUAAAGUGAAAGGUAUAGGCUUUGAUGCCACCUGUUCUUUGGUAGUUGUAGAUAAAACUACACAUGAACCAAUUGCAGUUGGUCCUAAUUUUCUCAACUCAGAUCAAAAUAUCAUAUUAUGGAUGGAUCAUCGUGCUCCUAAACAAACAGAUUUUAUCAAUAAAACUGGCCAUAAAUGUCUAAAGUAUGUAGGUGGUAAAAUGUCGAUUGAAAUGGAGAUUCCAAAAAUCAAAUGGCUUAAGGAUAACUUACCCACUGGAACUUUCGAAAGAUGCAAAUUCUAUGAUUUAUCUGAUUUUUUGACUUUUAAAGCUACUGGUAACCAAGCAAAAUCAUUAUGUGCUGCUGCUUGUAAGCAAGGUUUUUUGCCAUAUGGAGUGGAAGGAUCUAUUACAGGUUGGUCUCCUGAAUUUUUGAUGAAAAUUGGUCUAGAAGAAUUAGUAGAAAAUGAUUUUGCUAAACUAGGUGGACCACUUACUAGUGAGGAAUCUAACAGAGGAAAAUCGAGAUAUCUUUCUGCAGGUAAUUAUAUUGCAGGGCUCUGUAACUCCUCAUCAAUUCAAUUAGGUCUUACAACAGAGUGUAUCGUAGGAUCUGGUAUUAUUGAUGCAUAUGCAGGUUGGGUUGGAACAGUUGCAGCAGUGUCAGAAUUGGAUCAAGACAUGAAUACUAAUCUUUCUGAAACAAAAUCAGUGGAUGACGCUAUUGGAAGGUUGGCAGUUGUUGCUGGUACUUCGACAUGUCAUAUUACUUUAUCAAGGAAACCUUAUUUUGCUGAAGGUGUAUGGGGUCCAUAUAAAGAUAUUCUAAUCAAGAAUUUUUGGUGCGCAGAAGGUGGUCAAAGUUGUACAGGUGAGUUGCUUGCACAUAUAUUGAGUUCUCACCCAGCUUAUGGGGAAUUGAAGAAACUUGCUAAAGAUUCUAGAGUUUCAGUUUACGACUAUCUAAACACACUUCUGGCAGAUAUGGUUAAUGAAAGGGGAGAACGUUCCAUAUUAGCAUUAGGAAAACAUAUAUUUUUUUACGGUGAUUUGCAUGGCAAUAGGUCACCAUUAGCAGAUGCAACAAUGACUGGUUCAAUAAUUGGAUUAACAAUGGAUACUACGAUAAAUGAUCUGGCUUUGAAAUAUUUGGUUACAUGUGAAUUCAUCUCUCAACAAACGAGACAUAUCAUAGAAAAAAUGACUAGUUCAGGACACCACAUAAAAGCCUUAUACAUGUCUGGUGGCCAAUGUCGAAACAGUCUACUGAUGGAUCUCUUAACUAAUGCAACUGGUUAUCCCGUGGUAAUUCCACGAUAUAUCGAUUCAGCAGUAGUAUUUGGUGCAGCAUUGUUGGGAGCCUCCGCAAGCAACACUUAUGAACAAAAUAAUAAUGCAGAAAGUGGUGAUAUUUUAUGGGAUACCAUGAGAUCAAUGACAAAAUCUAGUAAGGUUAUUAAACCAGCCAAGAAUGGUAGUGCUGAUAGACUAUUGUUAGAGGUAAAAUAUAAGAUUUAUCUGAGAAUGGCGCAAGAACAAAAGGAUUAUCGAACUAUGGUUGACACCCUCGAAGAACAUCAUAUGUAA